AUGGCCGCUAGUCAGUCGAGCUGUGGAUGGUGUGGUGGGAUGACGUGACCCUUCCUCGCCCCCCUAACUUAUCGAUUCCUACAUCUAUGACGCCCUUGCAGGUUACUUGUCGACCUGUGAGGUAGAUAUCUAGUGCUUGGGUUAAAGUGGUGUGGUUUAUAUAAGUGUGUGAGUGUUGGGGGGAGGGAAUAAGAGCUGUGGUGAAUAAUGGUUUACUUAAGAUUGGAGUAGAGGAAGAUGGUGGUUAAUAUCACUGUCUCUAUCCCCUCUACCUCGACCUAGGGUGAGGGGCCCCCACAACACGGUUUAAUGCUGGAAAAAAGUGUAAAAUUGGGUGAUAAAAACGACUCGAGAAAGAUGGUGAUUCGACCCUUUGUGUUGUGGUGUGUUGACGUGUGAUUCUUCCUUUAAAUGUUGAGGUGGUGUUAGGUGGAGCCCUGGCCAGCUGCCUCCUGCUGGUGUGAGGCAACACUAAGGCUGAUAUUGGCACCACAGGGUUACUGCCACCUUAUCCUAAACUACAAGUGGCACUACAGGCACUAUUACCCGCCACACAGUACUGCAAGGACAGCUCGACUAAAUGUAGUCGAGCAUCGCCGGGUGUGGCACCGCUGCCCAGCUCCCGCGGUCCUCUGUCAUGGUACAGUCCGCAAGUCCGGUAAUUCUGCCCCCUAGCCCGGCCGAGCCGCCCCCGACAGCUUAGUGCCGCGCGGGUCCGGGCGAGUCUGGAGGCUGCACGGUCGCCUCUCUCCUGGAAGUUGUGUCGCCGGACCACCGAUGGGCGGGAAGUGCGGCAUAACGUGCGCGGGGGAGGCCGGGGGACUGUACGCACUCACCGCUCAACACACAUGUCUCCAGUAGUGGCGACGGGCCCCAUGGAGACCAAGCGGAAGAAGGCAGCAGCUCUGGAGAAUGGCGACGACUAUGGCUGCCAGAAACCCUCAGCAGGUGCCUCUGUCUCUCAGAACACCUCCUCCUCCUCUAGUGCACAGGCAUCAGUGGGGCGUUCGAGUCAGAAUCAGACCUGCGUGUGUACUACCCUCUACGACUACGAGGCCCAGGGGGACGACGAACUCAGCCUACGUCACGGAGAGAUCAUCGAGGUUCUCAGCCAGGACGUUAAGAUCUCGGGAGAUGAAGGCUGGUGGACCGGCAAGAUCAAUGGCAAGGUUGGGAUCUUCCCGUCCAACUUUGUGGCGGAGGUUCAGAACAUUAAGGAUGUGGAACCCAUCGAAAUUGACUUCAAUGACCUGGAAUUGGAAGAGGUGAUCGGGGUCGGGGGCUUUGGCAAGGUGUACCGCGGGAUACUGAAGGGCGAGGAGGUGGCGGUGAAGGCGGCGAGGCAGGACCCGGACGAGGACAUCAGUGUGACCAUCGACAAUGUACGGCAAGAGGCUAAACUCUUCUGGCUCCUAAAACACGAAAACAUAGUUGCGUUAAAAGGGGUGUGUCUCGUGGAACCCAACUUGUGUCUAGUGAUGGAAUAUGCCAGGGGAGGUUCCCUGAGCCGUGUCCUUCAACAAAGGAAAGCCAUAGGCCCCUCUGUGCUAACGGACUGGGCGAUCCAGAUCGCUCGCGGAAUGAACUACCUCCACAAUCAAGCCCCAGUUAGGAUUAUUCAUAGAGAUCUCAAAUCUUCCAAUGUGCUGCUGAGUGAGAUUAUAGACAAGAAUGAGCUACAGUUCAAGACGCUCAAGAUCACAGACUUUGGUCUGGCGCGGGAAGUGUCCAAGACGACGAGGAUGUCUGCCGCGGGCACCUACGCCUGGAUGGCUCCUGAGGUCAUCAAGACCUCUACCUUCUCUAAGGCUUCUGACGUCUGGAGCUACGGUGUAUUGCUAUGGGAGCUCCUGACGGGGGAGUCGCCUUACAAGGGCAUCGACACCCUGGCCAUCGCCUACGGGGUCGCCAUGAAUAAGCUCCGCCUACACAUCCCCACCACGGUACCCACCAACUGGAGGAAGCUCAUGGAGGGUUGUUGGGAGUUAGAUCCUCACGCUCGGCCAACUCUUGAGGUCAUCCUGAGCAAGUUGGACGAAAUCAGCCGGUCUAACUUCACGCAGACUCCCCAUGAGAGCUUCCACACCAUGCAGGGGCACUGGAAGGUGGAGAUAGAGGAGAAGGUUAAUGAGAUCAGAAUGAAGGAAAAUGAUCUUCGGUGUCGAGAAGAGGAAGUCCGCCGGGCGUUACUCAAGCAGAAGCAAAUGGCGGAACAACUGAAGAAGCGGGAGCAGGAACUACACAACAGAGAGAUGGAGCUCCUGCAGCGGGAGAUAUCCAUAGCCAUACAGCAGCAGUCAACCAAACCCACACCAAAGAAACGCAAAGGAAAGUUCAAGAAGAAACUCCUCACAAGAUCGCACCAGAUCUCCGCUCCCUCGGAUUUCCGGCACAACAUCACGGUGCAGCCGACCGCAGGUGUUGUUCUUAACCCUACGAGCCCCGACAGUCCCCCGGGCUCCCCUAACAUACCCAGACUCAGGGCCAUUGCAUUAUGCUCACUAGAAAGCCUGCCAUGUCCUCCUAGCAUACUUUGUAAUAUUUUAGAGUAUCAAAUACCAGCUGAUGGCGUGAAGGGCAAGACGUGGGGCCCCAGCACAGCGCACCAGAAGGAGCGAGGCCACAUCAUCCCCCAGCACCACGACAACCAAAAACGAUGGAGUAAGUCUGCGCCCAAUCUAGAGAAAACUCUCCGGCCCCUUCCGUACACAGCCACCAUGACGGGGCUCAACCAGAUAACAGCCUAUGGUCCAGAGAUUGCUGGCAAUGGAUAUUACUACAUGCCAGAGUGCACCAUUGAUGAGUGGAGAGCUUACUUGGACAACAAUGACUGCAGCGGUGAGGACGGAGGCUGGAGUGCCAAGCCGGUGCCUCUACGACCGUUGCCGGUGCCGACGCUGUACAAUGGCACCACUCCGGAGACCAAGGGCUUACAACCCAAAUUCUCUCCGCUGGAACUUCUCGUGUAUAAUAUUGCCGCCAUUCUGGCGAGUGUGGCCGCAGGAUAUGAUGUCCGGCUAUCAAAUGUGACAGCCAUUCAUCCCAGACUUCUUCCUGUCAAAGCUGAGGAUGAGGACGGGGAGUACCAGAGGUGGAUGGGUGUGAGUGAAUACGAGUUCUCCAGUCCGUCGGGUUACGCCCACAACACCUAUCACGGUCCAUCGCGACACUCACGGCCCGCGCUGGUCCUCGAACCCAAACCCAUACGCUUCACGGAUUCUCCCCAGCACUUUGCCAGCGGCCCUGUGGCUCUUCCCCCGACUCAACAGACGCCGCGCAGAAAGUCGUCGUCGGCGAGUAAUGACAGUGAGCAGCAGGUGGCCAGCUACAGCGGCCAGCGAGCCGUGUACAUCCCGGGUCCAGCCGACUACCUGCGCCCGGACUAUAGAAGUGACCAGAUGAUGGUGUGGGGCGAACGUAGUGAACACUCCUCUAAAGCAUCCUCUUCUGCCCACCAGCCUCCUCCCUCCCCAAAGACCGAUGCAGAGCUGUACCGUGGGGAGACUUACCAGCAGCCGUACGCUCCCGAUUACCGCUCUGACUCCGUCGGUUAUUACUACAGUGACCGGGCGUAUCACGGAGCACCCGCAGAGUACCUCGCCAGCGUUCACUAUGAGCAGCGGAUUUAUCCGCAGUAUGUGAUGCGACAUGCAGCGGCGGCAGCGGCGGCGAGCAGUGACGGCGGAUACCACGCCUAUGACAACCCGUCUACGUCCGUUUCCUCCUCCUCGACGUCGACAAAUCCUCGCACUCCGUCUAGAGUAAAUUUUCAACAUCGACGCACUCCAUCGUCUGUAUCCAAUGCCUCUACUUCAUCCUCAAAUGUAAACCCUUCAUUCAAAUUAGAAGAUGAAGGCGACAGCUCGUACUCCACUCCAACUCACCGUAGUGGUCAUUUUGAAGUGCACGGAGGACCGGCCCCGCCUCCGAGAGUAUCGCGUCAGAAUUCACACGAGCUGGACCGUAUUGACCGUCCGGGAUCUCUGGACCUUCCACGUCAUCAUCGCUCUUCCUUCAGGAAGUAUAACAUCAGCUAUGGGCGGUCAUCUCCUAAACCUCGCAGUGAACGUAGUGGGUCUGGGGGUUCAGGAGGGGGCACUCCCACUAAUCCCACUCCGCCAGAUAGCAUGACGAGCGAGGACAGCAGCUACGUCAGCGCCCCGGACAUGUACUCCACACUCUCCGGUGGAUCCGGGGGCAACUCGACCGGGGGAGGACGGGUGAGAUUCUCUCCUGCCUCUCACGUCAUCAGUCAGGAGGGAGUGCCGGGUCGACACACACUGCUCGACAUGCCAGUGGAAGGCCAGAGUCAGGACACAACAAAGCCCCUGACUGCACUGAGGCAGGCCAUCAGGAACCAAGAGCAGCAAGCUCUCCUCUCACAGGCCAACUCAUGGACAGCUUUUGAUGACGGCAGUGACGAGAGGUUGUAGCAGCACUCCACACGAGCCAACAUGCUCUCAGGGGGGCAUAAGCCCAGUUUACAUUCCAGGCACACAAGAGGGUAAUUCACUAGUUUCUCAAGUUUUCAUAAAGGUUGAUUUAGCAAUCUUAGGAAAGUUAUCAUCUUGAAAAAUAGGGGAAUCUAUUGAAUUUCUCUGCUGUCCUCUUUCUUUUGCUAUCAGUGAAACAGUUUGUCAUAUCUUGACUGCUUCAUUCUGAGACCUGAAGAUAGUGGAAAUUGAGAGCCAAUUGUUGGAGUGAGCAACAAUAUGGAGUAUAUGUUAUAAUCACUGUGCUCAAGCUUUCAGUUUUAUGUGGUUUGAUGAGAGCAGUGUACAUAGUAGUGCCAUCUAGUUAUUUCUACUUGGUGAGGAUUGAUAUAAUUCCUAUCAAGUCACAACUUCUGUGAUCCUUGGGCAGCCUUUGUGUAACUUUUCACCUCUUUGAUGGAGUAUAAGAGAGGUGGCAGACGUGAGUACUGUAAUUGUAAGGAGGAUAGUGAAAGGAGGCACAGAUAAAUAUGGUUGUGGAAGAUAGUGUCGUCAAGUGUUGGCCGGAGGCCUUGUCGUUAAGUAAGAUUUAUUAAUAUUGGUACGGUAGUCAGUCUACACCAGUUCCUUGUAUCGCUCACAAUAAGGUUCACUUUUCCAGAUCACCGUUUAAACCAUUUGUUCGCUCUUUUGUUCAACCCGGAAAUUCAUUUUUUACUCUAAAUUAAACUUUAAGACCUUACUGUGAAACACGAGAUUGUACUCUUACUGAAACACUGCAGCUCCUUGUAGGUAAAGUUGAAGAUGAAACCUUGUGUGCAAUAUACUGGUAGUCACUGUUAUCACUCCACAGUACUGUACUGUACUGUAGUUAGGUGUCCAUUGUUGAUUCAAGAAUUUUUAAUUUUUUUUAAUUAUACUAUUUCUUGAUGAACAAAAAUGUCACUUGGGUAAUAAAGUAAUAUCUCCUUUAGCCGGAAUCCCUCAAACCCGGAACUCUCCGAUAACCGGAAUUGAAAUUUUCUCGUAAAAUCGUUCCCAAAGCCAUAAUUUUCCGGAAAAUUCCGGCGUUGGGAAUGAUUUUCCGGGGGGCACAUUUCCCGGAAAAUUCCAGGGUUGGGGGAUAUUUUUCUGGGUUCAAGGGAUGAUGUAAUGGGCAAUUUCUAAACUUGGAAGUAAAAAACGGAGAACAUUUUUCCGUUACCUGGAAAGUUCCGGGGAUGAGGGAUUUUUUCCGGCUUUGAGAAAGUCGUCUGGUUACCCAGAAAUCUCUCAUUCCCAGAAGUGCUCUGCUCCAAUUGUUCCGGCUAAUGGAGAUAUCACUGUAUAUUAAUGAGAACUUUAUCAUUUUUUAACAGGUUUCAGUGACAAUUUUUUUAUGAAAUUGCCUUUAGAUGUACAGUAUGUGCCAUAUUGUAUUUAUUGUACUUGUGUUAGUUGGAAUGAUAUCUCUCAGAGUGCGAGAUGUACCAAAAUUUAUAAGAUGUCUCCUUUGGAGAGAUGUCUCACAGUUUGAGAGAUGUCUCAUAAUUUGAGAGAUGUCUCACAGUUUGAGAGAUGUCUCAUAAUUUGAGAGAUGUCUCACAGUUUGAGAGAUGUCUCACAGUUUGAGAGAUGUCUCACAGUUUGAGAGAUGUCUCACAUGCACAAGGAAGGGUUUUUUUUAUAUAUACUCUGUGUGUUUUUUUAGAUGCAUUCACUCAUUUUUUUCAUCUUUAGACAAGAAAACCAUCAGAAGUGAUAUUUUUAUUUAUGUUUUAGGCACCAAGUUGUGUUAGCUGGACCCAGAGGAGACAGUGAGGCCCUCACUGCGGCAGGUCACAUUAUAGUGUCUUAUCACAUUAUUUUGGGUUGACACUUGUUGUCAUGUGUGGGCUUAAGGUUAAUUGAUUCAUUUGUUUUAAACUGAAGGACAUUAGCGCUUUUAUACAUCCAUUUAAUAGAUCAACAUUACUAUUUUUGGCAGGAACAUAAUUACUGCUGUAGGGCAUUACUGUAGUACAUACAUUCUCUGUCUGUGAUUAUGUAGUCAUGAGUUACAGUUUGAUAAUCAGCUAUAAAGAAAAUGUCUUCCCAAGUAUAUACUGUACUGUAUUCCUUUACUGGAAUACAAGUUAUCUGAAAAAAAAAGUUUCUUCUCGAUUCUGAUCCACUGAAGGAUGAAGGAAGAGCUUUACAGUCACGUGUGAGGCGACCUGGUCUCAGAGUCUCAGUGUCAUGAUAAAUUUCUUCUUCUUUUUCUUCUUGUUCUCCCUUCUUUCUUCUUGUUGCCGGUGCCUUUGUUUAAUGGGUGGUGGGGCUUCUCUAUCAUAGUCACUCCUUCAUUGCUCUCAACCAUCCUUCACUAUUUUCUGAAGUUUUCUUUACUGUCCACCUCUUGUACUGUACCUCCUCCUACCCUUACUCUGUGUACAGUACAUCUCCUGGUCAUCUUAACCAUCAAACAACUACUGUAAUUAACUUUUAAAAAUGAUUCUUCUUCUUCUUCUCAUAACCAAUUUAUCACCCAUAAGAACACAUCAAGUAAUGGAGGGUAAAAUCUCUUCAUACAACAUCGCUGUUGAGCCAAAUCACUGAGCUGUGUUUAGUGGAAAGAAUUUAUGUAGCGAGACUCUGGGACCUGUGUGUACCUGUGACUUAUUUACCAUAGUGGAGUGUCUGUCAGCCUCUACAGGACUUGUAGUGAGGGUGUCAGCCUCUACCGGACUUGUAGUGAGGGUGUCAGCCUCUACAGGACUUGUAGUGAGGGUGUCAGCCUCUACCGGACUUGUAGUGAGGGUGUCAGCCUCUACAGGACUUGUAGUGAGGGUGUCAGCCUCUACAGGACUUGUAGUGAGGGUGUCAGCCUCUACAGGACUUGUAGUGAGGGUGUCAGCCUCUACAGGACUUGUAGUGAGGGUGUCAGCCUCUACAGGACUUGUAGUGAGGGUGUCAGCCUCUACAGGACUUGUAGUGAGGUGUGUCAGCCUCU